GGAAAAGGAACUUACUUGGGAUCAGGGUGCUGUUGAAAGAGAAAGCAGAAUGGAAAUGGCUAGCAACCAUUCAUUAACAGACGAUGAGUACUUACCACAAGUGAGUGACAGUUCGGCAGCAGUUUUUAAAGUUUCAUCAACAUACAUUCAGAUGUCAACAACAGAAGAUGCAAGAAACCUGAAUGUGCUGAAUGUGGAUUUCCCAAGCACCAACACAACUGAACAAACAGUAACUCCAGCCAGAAUGUGCUCAGAAGAAGAUGAAAAGCAACAUCAUGGCACAAUGCAAACAUUUUAUAAGUUGCUGGAGAUCUACUAUAAAAUCUUUGGUGGCAGAAUGGAUUCUGAUGAAAACGUAUCACAGUUUAAUAAUUGGCAGCAAAAUAUCAUACCUAAAAUGAAAGACAUAUUAAAAUAUUAUUGCACAAACAUAAACACAUGUAAAACAGAUUCUACUGAAGAUGGGAUGAGUGGUGUGCAGCAGAAAAGCACUGGUCAGUGCAAUGACAUGCUAGAAAAUGUUGAAAAAAUAUUUGAAGAUGAAUUUAACUCUGAAGAAAAGGAGCAAGAUGUUAGUUCUCAGGACCAGAUUACACUGUCUGACUUUAACGAGAUGCUAGGGAAAUGCUGUGACCAAAUGUAUGAAGAGACUUGUGAAAAUGAAUUAGAGAUUAGUAAGAAAGGGGCCUCAGAACGUCAGAAAGAGAAUGCUGCACUAAACGAUAUUGAAUCCACGACACAAAACACUGGUUCCAUUCGAAAUCGAGGUUUACAAGGGGAAAAAAAGAAUGAUGUAAAAAAAGCUGCAUCCCUCCGGAAGAAGCAGAAAGAUUCCAGAGUGAACAACAGACCAAGUCGUAAACAACUGGAGGCUUCUGUAAAAACAGACAAUAAAAAGGAAAUGGCCGCUUCCAUCAAGCAGAUUUAUGGUUCGAGGAGAAGGAGAAAAGCAGGAAGAAAUAAAGAUGAGCCUGAAGAGGACAUGUGUAAUACUUACAAACCAGAAUCCAACAAUUCGCCUUCAGUGAAAUCAGGUUCAGUAAAGCCCAAGGUUCGCACAAGACCAAAGGCCGAGUCAGAUAGAACAACGACAACUGGAGCUUAUCCAAAACACAUCCGAAGAGAUGCGAACCUGGAAGAGAGGUGGAGAAUGUUAUCACCAUAUCUGGACAAAAGUGAACUAAAAAGUGCCUUGGCUGGGCGAUCAUGUAUUCAUUACGAAUAUAAAAGUAGACUUACCGCCAAUAAGAUUGUCGAGCCCCAUAUUUCCUACAAAAUGGACCACAUGAUACCUGACCUUCUGACUGAACAACUGAAUAACUGGAACAAGAGAGACAAAACCCAUACUAAAAAGCGAGCCAGCCAUUCAUCCAGAAGCAUAAGAAAUGAUUCCAGCCCAAGAUAAACAUGGAGACUGCUUGAAGUAAUACCAAUGGAAAUAGAGGAUUGCAUUUUCUCUUGUAAGCAGCACCCUAAAAGUCCCCGUGUAACGAAACAGCAUGUCGAUUGCAGUAGCCUCUGGUCAAAGCAUGGGAGGCUGGUUGCUUGAAGAUGUCAGAAUCAGUGGUGGUCACACUUUGUCUUUUGUUGUUAAAUUGAGUAAUUAUUUCAAUAAACUUCUUUUAAUUGUGCAAAUAACAAUGCUAUAUAAUAUAUUUCUGUGAAGUGUAUUGCAAUCAAAUAUCCUGUUAUGGCUUAGGUUUAACUAGGCUCACAUUACCAUUGCCCCUCAAGGCAUUUAUUUAGACACAUGGUGGAAGGAAAUUAUUUGAUGAGAA